CUCUCACCAUUCACAUCGCCGGGGGUUCGGGCAUUGACACGUCAGGAGGAGGAGGAGGCGGCUUCAGGGCAAUUUCCCAGACAGAGUCAUGGGCACCGACUGAGGACACCAGCGCGUCCUUCACCGGUAGCACCCCGCGGAAGUCAUCCGAAGGUGGACACCAUGAACUACGUGGGCCAGCUGGCAGGUCAGGUGCUUGUGACCGUCAAAGAACUGUACAAGGGCAUAAAUCAAGCCACUUUAUCGGGCUGCAUCGACGUUGUAGUCGUCCGUCAGAGAGAUGGAACGUACCAGUGCUCACCAUUUCACGUGCGCUUUGGCAAGCUGGGCGUGCUGCGCUCCAAAGAGAAAGUAAUUGACAUUGAAGUGAAUGGGGAGCCUGCAGACCUGCACAUGAAGCUGGGGGACAAUGGAGAGGCCUUCUUUGUCCAAGAGUCUGAGGAGCAGAAUCAAAUUGUCCCCGCACACCUGGCCACCUCCCCGAUCCCCACUGAGAGUCACCUGUUCUGGAUCUCGGAGGUGGAGCACAGGACACCAAAAGAUCUGGAGGACGACCCUGCUGACCCAGAGGACCCUCCCGAGCCUCCUGCUCCCAGCACUGUGUCCACAAAAAAGAAGAAGAAACGCAGGAAGAAGCACAAGGGAGACCCUCGAAGAGAGGAGCUGACCCCACCCAUGUCGGUCACUACUGGUAAUGCUAUUGCUGCUAAUGCGAAUGCUGCUACAUCUGCUCCUCUGUCUAAUACUGGGCAGAAUGAAGAGAUCUUUGAGAUGGACAUGAGCUCUGAUGAGGAGGCUGCAGCACAUGUCUCUCGGUCCCCUUCAGUGAGCACAAUGCGUGACAUUGACCCAAAAUUACCUGCAGCUAGACACAGUCUUGAGGGGUAUCCCUUGUCUGAUGGUGAUUGGCAUGCAAAUGACAGUCACGGCUUUUCACAGGCCUUCUCCCCAAAGAGUGACUCUGAACUGCUCAUCAGGCCUUCAGAGAGUAUGCUCCGAGCAGAGUCCCACAUGCAGUGGACCUGGGGAGAAUUCCCAGAAACAACUAGGGUCAGCAAGAAAGAUAAACCAGAACCACUAAAAAGGGUGACCAUCACCCCGUCAGAGAGCACUCACUUCCGCGUCAUUCUCAGUUCGGAGGCCAUGGAGAAUGAGACGGAGAUCGAAAAGGAAGAUGGCGGCUCCCCAGUGUGCACUAUUGUCAAGCCUCAGCCACGCACCCCCAUCACCCCCAUCACCCCCAUCACCCCUGUCACCACUAUAACACCAAUGAAUCCUCUCACCUCUGUCAGUACCAUUAGUCCUAUAACCCCCACAGAACCCCUGGAUGUCCUGCCUUCCAGUGUGGCAACCUCCACCCCAUCCAACAGCCAACAGAGUGAUUCACCCUCUAAGAAGAAAGGUGUCCCGAAGAGGAGUCAGCAUCAGGGUCCUGAGGAUAUCUACCUAGAUGAUUUGAAUGUCCUUGAACCUGAUGUUGCUGCAAGAUAUUUUCCCAAGAGUGAGUCGGAGGCAGCCUCUAAGCACUGGAUGGACUCUGACAUGCGCUCUGGAUCACAGUCCCCUCAGUCAGUGGGUAGUGCUGCAGCAGAUAGUGGGACAGAGUGUUUAUCUGACUUGGCCAGUGACCUCCCUGAUGUUACCCUAUCUCUGUGUGGAGGCCUCACAGAAAAUGCAGAGAUAUCCAAAGAAAGGUUCAUGGAGCAUAUCAUCUCCUAUCACGAAUUUGCUGAAAAUCCAGCAAUUAUAGAUAACCCCAACUUAGUAGUUAAGAUAGGAAAUAGGUAUUAUAACUGGACACUAGCUGCACCCUUGAUUUUAAGUCUACAAGCAUUUCAGAAGAAUCUACCAAAGGCUACAGAGGAGGCCUGGGUGAAGGAGAAAAUGCCAAAGAAGUCAGGCCGCUGGUGGUUCUGGAGAAAGAGAUCGGACAGUACAAUCAAGCAGUCUGAAACCAAGCUUGAAACCAAGGAUGAGUCUCUUUUGGAGGAAGAAGGGCCCUCCGUAUCUCAGGAGAAGCUGGCCUUAUCGCCUAAAGCAGGAGAUUCAUCCAGCGAUGAGGAGGCCAAGGAGGUGAGCGCUGCAUCCUGUCAAGAGAGACUGCAGCCAGUUGAAGGCCACCACCACCCAAUCCCCCACACUUACAGGAAGUCACUACGCCUCUCUUCUGAUCAGAUAGCCAGUCUGAAAUUGAAGGAGGGACCGAAUGAUGUGACGUUCAGCAUCACCACUCAGUACCAGGGCACAUGCCGCUGCGAGGGCACCAUCUACCUGUGGAACUGGGACGACAAAGUCGUUAUCUCUGACAUUGAUGGCACCAUCACCAAGUCAGAUGUGUUUGGACAGAUCCUGCCACAGCUGGGGAAGGACUGGACCCACCAAGGCAUUGCCAAGCUUUACCACUCAGUCGCUGAAAACGGCUACAAGUUCCUAUACUGCUCAGCUCGGGCUAUAGGCAUGGCAGACAUGACGAGAGGAUACCUGCACUGGGUCAAUGAUGGAGGCACCAUCCUGCCGCGUGGACCCCUCAUGUUGUCUCCCAGCAGCCUUUUCUCCGCCUUUCACAGGGAGGUUAUCGAGAAGAAGCCCGAGAUCUUCAAGAUUGAAUGCCUUACAGACAUCAAGAACCUGUUCCAGCAUAACAAGCAGCCAUUCUACGCCGCCUUUGGGAAUAGAGCUAAUGAUGCGUUUGCCUAUAAGGAGGUGGGAGUUCCUGUGUGUAGGAUUUUUACAGUUAAUCCCAAGGGAGAGCUGAUCCAGGAGCAGACCAAGGGCAACAAGUCUUCUUACGGCAGACUCAGCGAGCUGGUGGAGCACGUGUUCCCUCUGUUGAACAAAGAGCAGAACCAGGCCUUUGUCAUGCCCGAGUACAGCUCCUUCUGUUACUGGAGACAGCCCAUACCAAACAUCGACCCAGAUGAACUGCUCUGAUCCAGCGCAUGUGGUGGAUACCCCAGGUAUACGUACACAUUCAAGACUGUGCACUUAAAUGCAUCUCCGCGGGACACGUGGACUGGAAACCACGUGUCCCAUCUUUGCUCCAGAAUACUUGGACACACACAAUUUUGGUUCACUUUAAUUACCAAUUAUAGAUGAAGUGGAAGUGGUUUCCAGACAGGCAAAUCCUGAUUGAUAGUCGCUGAAAGGUCUCAUCCCACGCAGACAGGAGUCACCAAGUAAAAUCAUUAUUCUUAUUUCCUGAUGCCUGUGAAGGCAGCAUAGUCACGUGAACUCUCUGUGGUGCCCAGCACUGCACAGGGACAGAGAUCUGAAGUCUUUUCGUCUAAAACCUUCAGCAGAGAGGAUGAUCAUCUUUUCAGGGGAGCAACAGAGGACCAUUAUCCAGCAGCACUCACGGAAGAAUUUCUUUUUUCCUUUUUUUUUUUUUUUUAAAUCAAACUCACAUCUUUGGAAAUCUCUACUGAAGUGAGGUCUAACAUUCAAAGUGUUAAGAGACACACUGUUAAUUAAAACAGGAAAUGCAGUUAACAUGUAAAAGAGAAAAAAAAAAAAAAAACAGCAGUCGUGUGCUGGAAGUAUUUGCUGAGGCUGCUGCGUUUGCCGAGACACAGGUACGCAAUCAUUCUUUGUAGUUUUCUGUUAAAAACUAAGUGAAGCAGUAGAUGACAGGAAACACACUCCACCAACUAUGAGCUCUUCAGAGCUGGUGAACUCACACACAUUUCAUAUUUGGUCUCGUUUGUUAAUAUUCAAGGUUGUACCUGGGAUUUAUUUUUCUCAACAAGUAUGUGAAAGAGAAAAAAAAAGAAGAAAAAAUAACAACAUGAAGCAGCUUCAUAUAAUAUUGUCUUGCUGUUAUUUUAAUGUUUAUUCUGUUAAAAACGAGCUCUGGCGGCUUAAAUAUGUUUGUGUCAACGGUGCAGUCAUUAUUUAUGAUAAUUGAAAUGUCUAAGUUAUUGAUUUCUAUUGUGACGCCUUUUUUGCUCGUUUUGGAAAACAGGAAUCACAUAAUGCAAAAAUGUGGAAAUGCGUCAAAUUGUAUUUUGGACGUUUGGUCACAGGUUACCAUGCACUUAACAGGAACAGCUAGGCCUUUUAUGAACUCUCGAUUUUUAUUUGUGUGUGUGUCUUGUAUCCCAUUUUUCAUGGUGACCUCCUUUUCCUCGUUUAACAAUGAACCUCUCAACAUGUGGUCGACGCAUUCCCGAGCAAACCUCGGAACCUGCAGCUUUAGUAUUAAAAAUAGGAGUCAAAUGUAAAGGGAAUAUGUUGGAAUAGUGGAAAUAUUGAAGAAUGAAGACGUGACGUAAGCGUGCACAGACCUAGUCGCUGAGUGCUGCUGCUGCUGUAAGCGCAGGGUUGACGAUAUCCCGCGCCCUUCUGCUUAUGUUCCCCUCAGUGAGUUCCCGAGGUUUGUCCGACGCACUUUGUCUUCGCCGCACCUUGAGACGCGCACCUCUCACCCACGUCUGCCUCCCGGGAAAGGGUCUUUAUAGACUGUUGACCAGCCAGAGUAUGCAACUAACGCAGGAUGGAGAGUUGUAGUUUUACCUCUUUUGUUGUGUGAGUGAUCUCUUAAACACCACAGACAAAUCAGCUAGUCAAAGAUAAGACAAAUACGUCUAUAAGUUUGUGCGUAGCUGUUGGAAGGGGCGGAGAGUAUUUGUUGGUUUGCAGGGCAAAGUGAUGUUGGAAAUGAGAAGAAAUAAAAGUUUAUUUAUGGAGCCAAAUACACAUGAAAGUAGAAUCACAGCCACCCUGUGUGUGUGUUUGUCUGUGCGUGUUUGUGUGCGUGUGUGUGUGUGUGUUAGAGAGACAGAGAAGACAGAUACUGUGCCUCUGGUGACCAGAGUAGGAGCCUUUAUGAGUUAUGAGUAAACAGGAAAUACUUGACUGUGUAACAGGAAGCCUUUCGCUUCUCUGUCAUUGUGUAUGCAUGUAUGUUUUAGGACAGACUGACGUGGAUCAUACCUCCACCACAGGUGUGAUGUGAAAAUGAUGACGUGUGCUUGACAUGAUUUGAAGGAGACAUGAAGGAAGGAAAAAGCACAACCGGUGAGAGCUUGAUCCACAUCAUCCUCCUCUAGAUAAUUAGUUCGAAUUUGGCUGAAGUGUUUUUCUGCGAUCUGCGUUCUGUGUCACCCCCCCCCCCCCCCUUUUUUUUGUUUUGUGAUAAUUGAGAUGCUAGUUUUGCUUUUGAUGCGUUUGCUUGUUCUCUAUGAAGUUGAGUGACGUCGGAUUUAAGUGUGUCUUCUGAUUAACAAAAUGAAUUCCAUUCUUUCUAUGAAAGCAAAGCAUCUCGUGUGGAAGAGUCACACUUUCGUCGCCCUCCAUGAUCCUCCCGAGACGUGUGGUAAACGAUAUUUGUUCUCACUGCUCAAUCGUUGCAGAAAAUGAUCCGGUAUAUAUUUACUGAUUUAUCCUCUGUCUGUCGAUGCCUUUUUUUGUUUGUUUUUUUUGUUUCAUUAUUUCUUUUUAUGAUCUUUUGUGGGACCGUUUGCUUGGUUCCGUUUGAGAGGUGACGCCUGUUCUUUUAAACGUGUCUGACCAACAAAGAUACCUGAAGUGUACGCUGUGUUUGAUUUGUAUAGAAAAUGUGAUUCGAAAAUAUGUUUGGAGGAAGAAAAAAAAAAAAGGAAAAUCCAUUGUAAGAAGAAAAAACAGGCCUGCUAAAGCUAACAGAGUGUGGCUUGUGGUCGUAUUUGUAUUAAAUAAAGUUUCUAACUGAA